AUGGGCGGAUCAGAUCCACCGGACCAGAAACUCAAUUCCGCACUGCUGCUGAGUCGUCGGACUUAUCCACCUCAGGGAUUCGUGGAAUUUCCCGCCCUUUUUUUUGCGGGUACUAAGAGUCCUCUCACUACCAACCAGCAGACAUCAUCAUCUGGCUGGGUCUUGCCGGGGAGAUCAAAACAAGAAGUCACGCCUAGACGACGACGCCCGUCCUGGGCUGCAGUAAGUAGAUCGAGAGGUCGUUCCGCCCCUUGUCCCCGAAGAUGGGUAAUAUGUUCUCAUACAAUGUUGCUCCAAUUUUUUCUAGAGGGCCUAGCUGGCGAGCGAUCCCAGUCCGCGGCGGAGAACAAGACAGCAAGCGAGCGUACCUUUGUUCGCUUCUUUUCCACCAAGCACAGAAGUUUAAGGAGAACUGUAGGUCGGUGGCUACCUAAGGAAACUCCGAUUCGAUCCGCCCCCCGGCUGGGAGGCAUCUACCUCAUCCCGAUCACAAGGAGAGGUUCACCAUGA